AUGUGCAAAGCCGCCAUGAUAGACGUCGCCACGAUAGGCAGCACCACGAUAGGCGGCGCCACACUGGACGUAGCCGAGAUGAAGGCCAAAAUUCGGAGCUCCAAACUGCACGUGCUAACCUUUGCAACCCACGAGCAGGGGUACUUCAAAACAUUGCAGGAAAGUUGCUCCCGUCUGAACAUAGAACUGACUGUGCUAGGAAUGGGCAAAAAAUGGGAAGGCUUCAUCACCAAGUUGGUAAAAGUAAAGGAGUACAUAAAAUCGUGCAACGACAACGACAUCGUCCUUUUUGUGGACGGCUUCGACACAUUCUUCGUUCAGCCAGCGAAUGUAAUUGUGGAAAGGUACAUAGUGAAUUAUGACAACUUAUUUGUAUGCACAAGCGAAAGCACUUAUUCGACUAGCUUUUUCCUCCUACGGAUUAUCGAAAAUAUGCACUUAAUUUUUCACAACAGCAUUUUUAAAAACGAUGACAACACUGAAUGGGAUGCCACGAGGAUUCGAGACAAAUAUAAAGACUUCACUUAUUUUUAUAAAAAUUUAAAUUUACUAAAUUCGGGCGGUUGGAUAAGCAACGUCUUCUUAGCCAAAAAAAUUUUGCAAUACAUCCCUUCCUUUAUUGAGAACGACCAGAUCUUCCUCACCAACUUGUACUUAGACUGCAACUAUUUGAUGAAGCUGCCGCAGGAUAGCCCCACACACGGAGAAAAAAACGCCGUUCAUAGUUGCGUCCCUCAGGAGAAUGCGAAAUAUUAUAACAGAAUUAUCGUUGACAAUCACAACAUUAUUUUUCAUUUGUUUCGAAGCAAAGGGAACGUGGCUCUGAUGAGUUACCAGGACUGUGUGCAGUUUUUUCCUUUUCGCCCGUUGCUCAGCGCGUACUACCUCAACAAGCGAGGUGACGCGUCGACCGAAGAGGAAAGAAAAAAUAGACAAGCUAGCCAAACGGAGGAAAAAAAUAAAAAAAAUGGCCUGGCUAGCCAAACGGAAGGAAAAAAUAAAAAAAAUUCAGUCCUAUCCUCCAUAGUGGAAUUUUUUAAAAGAAAAAAAAGCGAAGGGAGACAGCUAACAAAAAACGAGAUAGACGGACACCAACGGACAGAGUCCUACCCCCUCGGCAGAGGGAAUACUCCGAAAGGAAUCCCCCCCCCUGGGAAGCAUCAUACCGACGCGGACUCAGUCACAUGGACGAAGCAGAAGACCAUUCUGGAUGAAGUGUAUAUGAAUGAAGGGCAACGGAAAAUCGGUCAGAUAGCAAAAACAUUCAAUUACUCCAUAAUUGACACGCACACACACACCUCCCCGUGUAUUCUCCACAUGCACUGCCUGCGAAAUGUGGACGAGAUGAUUCGCACCAUGGGAUUGAAAAAUAUAUACUCAUCCAAAUGGUACAGCAAGAUAUGGUACCUCUUUUACAGCCUAAAAGGGACGCUGAAUUUUAACUACUUUAGCCUCCUCUUCUCAACGGUCGUCGCGUUUGUCGCGCUACUGCUAAUUCAGGUGAAGUAUCUGCUCGAGUUUAUAAAAUAUAUGAACUCAUCUUUUGGCAUGAACUACAUCGGGGAGAAUAGGUACGUCAGCAAGGCGAUGUUUCUGCUGGACGAUGUUGGGUACUCCUGCUUUGUCUCCUUCCUAUUUGCCAUUUUGUUUUGGGCCUUUUACAUUUUCAACAAGGCCAUGGGAUAA